ACUAGAGCCUCUCCUUCCACAUCCCAAAUUUUACCUUGCUUUUGAGCUGUUCGCUGGCAGGAAAAGUAAACCCUCAUUCACUGCUGCUAGUUUGCAGUUCACUGGUUUUGCAUGACUGACAUAAAGAGCCCUCCAUGCCUCUGCCUAUAUAAAAACUCUAUCAGACUUUCGUUUAUGCCUCAAACAACUAGAUGAAACUAUACUAAGGGCAUUGUAUUUUAGCAGAGAACAAGUGCAAACUGAUAUAGAUGCCAACCCAUUAACUCCUAAUUCUGCUCUAAAUCAAGAGAGAUAGAGAGAGAGAAGACUCAUACAAUGCCUUCUUUUUUCAUCAUAUUCCUUCUCUGUUUCACAUUUAUUAAUAAUCUCUCAGAGGCUAGCCAUGACAGGAAGCUUCCCUCCGCAGUCGUUGUUGGUACAGUAUACUGUGACACAUGUUUCCGAGAGGAUUUCUCAAAGAACAGCCACUUCAUUUCAGGAGCAUCUGUUGCAGUGGAAUGCACAGAUGAGAAUUCAAAAUCAAACUUUCGCAAAGAAGUGAAAACAGAUGAGCAUGGAGAGUUCAAAGUUCACUUGCCUUUCUCAGUUAGUAAGCAUGUAAAGAGAAUCAAGAGAUGCUCAGUGAAAUUGUUGAGUAGCAGUGAGCCAUAUUGUGCAGUAGCAUCAACAGCAACUUCAUCAUCUCUACGUCUCAAGUCAAGAAAGGAAGGACUACACAUCUUCUCAGCUGGAUUUUUCAGUUUCAAGCCCCAGAAGCAACCAAACCUCUGCAACCAAAAACCAAGCAUCCAAAAUUCCAGGGAACUUAAUGCCCAAAAAUCCUCAAUACCUUCUAUCCCUCCUUCUGAUAGCCCAGCAUUUCCACCUCCACUUCAAGACCCAACAGUCCCUGAUCUCCCCCCUGUGAACCAAAAUCCUUCGGUUCCUCUACUUCCAAACCUGCCACCAUUGCCAAAACUCCCUCCUUUCCCACCUAUUCCAGGAUUACCUUACCUUCCACCAGUGCCUGGAAAGACCAGCACAAACACAAAAGCUUAUACUGAGUCUUUGAAGAGCGCACAAGCGUCAGAUCAGAAAGAAGUAAGCCCUAACUUUUUCUUUCCAACACCGCCCCUUUUUCCUCCAAACCCUUUUCAGCCACCUCCGUUACUUCCAAACCCACUUCAACCACCACCACUAAUCCCUCCAUUGCUUCCCCCUAAUCCACUCCAGCCUCCUCCAGCGCCAUUGAUUCCUUUACCACCAAUUCCUGGCCUCACUCCACCAUCACCACCGCCACCUAUCAUCCCAUUUCUUCCUUUCCCUCCGUUCCCUUUCCCUCCUUCACCUCCUCGUAUCCCAGGAAUCCCCCCAGCUUCUUCUUCUACUCCACAGAAAACAUCUCCUUGACUGAACAUCAUCUAUCAAAAUUAUCCAAUAAUGUCAAUAAAAUUUAGGCCAAAUUUUCUUCUUCUGUAUUAUUUAUCCUGUCUAGAAAAUUAUGUAUGAUCAUAUAGUAAUAGGAUUGGCAGAAUAGGCUUGAUAUUUCCUACUGUUUUCUUGUUAAUGAGAGUGAAAGAGCACAUAAUUAUUGUAACAAGAAUAAAAUAAGGUUCUAAGGAUCUGAUUGCGGGUUUUUCAUCUAUGUCACCAUGUAAAUCCUCAUAUUGUUUAUCUAAUAUGAAAAUAUGAAAUAUUUAAGA